UUCGAGUAUGCUUUUUCUUAUCCAUGUUGAUUUAACUGUGGAAUGUUUUUUACAUUUUGGACUCUUUAAUUCUACAUGGUACAUGAAUCCUAUAGUCCUAUUAAUCAAUUGUUAAAAUUAUCUAUCAUGAGCUUACCACGUGAGAUAUUUCAAAUAGAUGGCACAUGAAUCACAAGAGGCAGAUGAGAAAAAGUGGCCUCCACAUGUAGAGCAUACUUUUAUUGAGAUCAUGUUGGAGGAACAGCUUAAGGGUAACAUGCCAAGCGGUGUGUUUAAGGGUCCUACAUGGGCAUCAAUUACAGCUGAACUUAAUCGAAGGACCGGGAAAGACUUUGUGUUUAAGCAAGUGCAACAGAAGCACAAUAGGCUCCGACUCAAACAACGCAAAUGGAGCCAAUUGCUAAGACACACGGGGUUGGGGUGGGACGAGCAGACCCAAACAGUUACUUGUUCUGACGAGGUGUGGCAGAAUGUGAUUGCGGCCAAUCGUGGUGCAGCUAACUUAAGGAAACAGGGAUGCCCAGACUACCCAUCAUUGCAGCAGUUGUUCGCCACUAGUACUGCGACUGGAAACCUCCAAAUCUCCUCAAACACUCCUCCCCUGAAUAGUGACGAAGAGCGUGCCCUAGAAGAAGAGAUUGCCAAUGCCAAUGCCAAUGCCAAUGCCAAUGCCGAUGCAAGUGCACCCACUCAGUUGGACGAUGACUGUUACACUCCUAACUUUGAUAGUUUCCCACAAACUGUGGAUGAUGCUGAGGUUGAGGAGGUAACCCGGAGGGCGGAAAAACGUCCUGUGCAAGAUGUAAGUGGCAAGGGUAAGAAGACCUCGAAGAAGUCGGAUAGGGUGAGUGAAAUGACUGCGGCCCUAAAGGAGUACAACGCAAUGUCCGAACGUAGGUAUAGUGGUAAACUUGGCAGGACUACCGGUUCAUCCGACCAAUUCGCUCAAUCCGUUGUAGGGGGUGAUCCUUGUUCACUUACGAAGGCAAUGGACGUGCUGAACAUGUAUCCGGAUUUGAGUAACAAGGCCUACAUCAAGAUGUCAAAUGUUUUGCAGCAAAAGGAUAAUAGGGUAGUGUUUAUGUGUAUGCCGGAGCAUAGGAGGAAAUCUUGGAUUGAGGACAUUCUAAACCCGGAGGAGGAUUGAUGAUGCAUUGUAUCACCUAUGUCUAAGCUAUUUGGUUUUUAUGUAGUAUGGAUUUGGGUUGUUCUAGAUACAUUUAUAUUAUGUUUCGUA